GUUUGGCUCUUCUCGGGGGUCCGUGAAGGCUCCGAGAAGCGGAAGGUCGCCGUAGACGGGCUGCUGGAUAUGCUCCUGCUCCCGGUGAACAUCAUCUUUUUCUGUGCGGUGUGUGUCCGCGUUCUGAAACUUCAGCCCGAUACGCAGAUGGGAAAGAUGGUCCCGGUCAUCAUCGAAAGUGGUGACAUCUACGAAGCCUUUGCUCUUUGGUCAGUGCUGGUUCUUUUCGUCAAGGUGGUGCAAGCCGAGAUGGCCGGUGACAGCCACUCCAAUGCCAUGAGCUCCUUCAGGUCCUUCAAGGCAAUCAGUUUGCAGGGCGUCAAAGCUUGGGUAUUCAUCCAGUCAGCGGCCGUCCUUUUGAAGCUCGCUCUUCAAGGCGUCGUGGCGGUGUACGUCCCAACCUUCUGCUACUGGGCUUCGAAGUCCUGCACCAGCUGUGAGCAGCUUUACGAGGAAAACAUCGCCAUCGCCCUCUCUGCUGUGACCUUCUUGCUUUGCUCCUUUGCCAUCAUGUUCGUGUUUUACUUCGAGUCUGGAUACCGCCACCACUUGGAGAAAACCGAGCCUCUGUGGAAGUUCCUGGGCGUGAAAGGCAUCGUUUCCGUGACCUACUUUCAGUGGCUGGUUAUCUCUGUCCUGGCCUCGCCUCUGAAGUGGACCGGAAAUCAGGUCUACCUGUUCCACUGCUUGCUCUAUGCAUUCUGGAUGCCACUGCUUGCGCUGGUGCACACCUUCCUGGCCUAUCCGUUCUACUCCUUUCGCAGCCAGAGCUCGGACCUCGCCCCUUGGCUCCUUGCUUGGCUUAAGACUCUCGGCGUCGGCGAGGACCUGCCUUCCUCCUCCACAGCCUCCUUACCAUCCAUCUCGGGAACAAUCGAUAGCCGCUCCGAGGUGCUUCUGGACGGUGCCUGCGAAGUGCGGAGCAUGAGUAGAGUGUCAUCGGAACUGCUCACCCACCCAGCGUCUUCCAAAUGCCAGCUGCUGGUCUACUUCACCGUGGGCUUGCUGUCCUGCGUCGCAAGCUCCAAGGCCCUGCUGAUGCUCCUCCCGGCGGAGGCCACGCCCUUCGAGGCCCCGCUCCGCAAUAUCUCCUGCGCAGGCCAAGGUGAUCUGGCACACUUUCUGCUGACUCGUCAGGACUUGCAUUUUGCGAUGCUCAAUGACACAGCUGAGCGAUGGUCAUCUCCCGGGGUCGCCGGCGCAUGGUUGCCUCUCUGUUCAGCCACUGCUGUGGGUUGUGCCCCAGGUCACUUCGCAGACCGCCUGGCGCCAUCGGUAGGCUGCUCUGCCAAAGGCGUCUAUACCUACACUGGCUCGUGCAGCGCCAUCUCCUGCGGGGUUCCUCCACACCUGCCACAUGCCGUUCCGCGGAUGCAUGACAUCGAGCGGCAGAACUGGACCUAUGGUGUCACCAUUCACUACGACUGUGACAAGCCCGGAUACCGGGGCGAUCUCAGUGCCGAGUGUAACCUCACCGGGACCUGGGUGGUCCACGGAUCCUGCGUGGAAGUGACCUGCGGCCUUCCGCCGGAGGACGUUCCGCACGCCCACGCCGUCUUGGACCCAAGUCACAGCAACAUCAGCACAGGCAUGGUCGUUCGCUACCAGUGUGACGAGAUGUACAACGGAACCCCAACGGCGACGUGCGGCGAUGACGGCAUGUAUGUCAAAGCAGGCCGCUGUCGGCGAGAAUGUGGUGCACCCCCGGCCGUGUCGCAUGCCGCUCCGAGGUUCAACAACUCCGGUAUCCUGGGCGGUUGGUUCGAGGGCAUGCAGUGCCCCUACUCCUGCGAUCCAGGCUUUCAUGGCUUCGCCUCCGCUGUGUGCAUGGAGGAUGGUGGCUACAACGUCUCUGGGCGGUGUGCACCCGUCUCCUGCGGUCAACCUCCCAGGCUGCCAGAGGCCACAGCACGCAUGGAUGACAUGAAGGCCGCUGCAAGCCGGAAUUUCACCUUCGGCGUGCAUGUCCGCUAUGCAUGCAACCGGCCAAUGUUCCAUGGAGAAUUGGUGGCCAAAUGCAAUUCCACGAGCUUGUGGGUGAUCUCCGGCCAGUGCACCCAGGUCACGUGUGGAGAUGCACCAGCUGUGCCGCAUGCGAAGCCAGUGGCCACCGAGGACAACAUGACGGCAGGAAGUGUGCUGCGAUACCAAUGUGAUGACUCGUACAACGGAACACCCACUGCUGCCUGCGGCUUCGAUGGCCAGUUCGUUGUCUCCGGCCGUUGCCGUCGGCAGUGUGGUGUGCCGCCAUCUGUGCAACAUGCCGUGCCAAGCUUCAAUCAUGAAGCAUUGGCCGCCGGAUGGUUGUCAGGCAUGGGUGCUUCAUACCGUUGCGAUCCGGGGUUUGACGGUGCUGUCACGGCCAUGUGCGGCGAUGAUGGGAACUUCUCGAUUGAAGGUCUCUGCAAGGUCGCCUCGGCUGUGGAGACCAAUCGACUGCGCUCGAGCAUCACCGGGCUGUCAACUGCCAUUGGUGUGGAAAACGCUUUGAUCCUGGCGGGCCUCGGAUUCUUUGGCUGGCAGAGGUACCGCUUAAGCACACGGAAUGUGGCGAAUCCGGCGAACGAGAUGUCAUCGCCAAUCUGCCCGGACGCGGAGCGGCCUGCAGCGAGUGACUAA